UACUUUACUCACCUCUCUCUAUCUAUAUAGUCAAUCAAUUCCCAUCUCCCUUCCCUUUUCAUUUCUCCUACACAAACCACUCUCAACAACCUCUCCUCCUCCCUCUAUCAUCACAACUAUCACCACUAGCACCACCGACAUGUCGGAUAAAAAGUGUAGCCACCACAAGAGCAAGAAGAAGAAGCUAAUCCAACGUUGUUGUGCUGGAUUCCUUAUCUUCCUCUUCUUAGCUCUUCUCAUUAUCCUCAUAGUAUGGGCUAUACUUCAGCCUAAAAAACCUCGUUUCAUCCUCCAAGACACAACUAUCUUCACCUUCAACGUGUCCGCCCCGAACAUCUUCUCAACCUCUAUCCAAACCACAAUAUACGCACGUAACCCUAAUAGCAAAAUCGGAAUUUAUUAUGAUAACAUGGAUAUAUACGCUAUGUAUCAUAAUCAACAAAUCACGUAUUACACUCAAAUACCCCCGGUGUAUCAAGGCCAUAAGGACGUUAACAUAUGGUCCCCAUUUGUUUACGGGAAUAACAUCCCGAUCGCCCCGUAUAACGGGCCGGGCCUGUCAGAAGAUCAACAAAACGGGGGCGUUUGGUUGGAUUUUAAGAUUGAUGGGCGUGUAAAGUGGAAAGUGGGGUCCAUAACAACGGGCCAUUACCAUUUACAUGUCACGUGCUCUGCAUACGUGCCACUCGGUGAUCGGCCCGGUUACGGAGGGGUUAUGGUUGGAAAUAACGCCGUUAAGUAUCAACUAGCUCGGGAUUGCUCCGUCAGCGUUUGAAGUAACGGCCGUCAAGUUUGUUUUGAAUUCUCUUUUCUUAUUUAAAAAUCUAUUUUUACUUCUUUUUUCUUAAUAAAUGUUUUGUUCCUUUAUAGUUGAUGAAAUUGUAUAUUUUGCUAAAAAAAAAAAAUUAAAAAUGGAGGAUAAAUCGGAUAUAUAGGGGAAUCCAUAAUCUUGUUACAAGUUGUAAUUUAAUUACUACAAUAUUAUAUAUUAUAUUAUUGUUUUGUUU